GCGGCCGGGGGAAUGCUGAGAGCCUGACGGACGCCUGUCCGUGCAGCCCUGUGUCCUGGCUGUUGCGCCGGACUGCGUUGUGGCCAUGUCUUUUUUUCUGGUCCGGAUGAUCAGGAUAGCUCUCAGGGCCCCGCCCUGUGUGUACUUCCCUGGCUUGCUCGAAUCCUACAACCUCUGCAGGCAGGUUGGCGGGCCGACCCCAGACCCACGUCCCACCACCGGUCGGCGAAGAUCCGGGGAUGGGCAACGUCACCCAGCUCGCUCCAGAGCCAGCAUGGGUCUUGGUGAGGUGGGUGACUCUCCAGGAUGGGAGACAAGCCAAUUUGGGAGCAGAUUGGAUCCAGCUUUAUUCAGCAUUACUACCAAUUAUUUGAUAACGACAGAACCCAACUAGGCGCAAUUUACAUUGAUGCAUCAUGCCUUACGUGGGAAGGACAGCAGUUCCAGGGGAAAGCUGCCAUUGUGGAGAAGUUGUCUAGCCUUCCGUUCCAGAAAAUCCAGCAUAGUAUCACGGCGCAGGACCAUCAGCCUACACCAGAUAGCUGUAUCAUCAGCAUGGUUGUAGGCCAGCUCAAGGCUGAUGAAGAUCCCAUCAUGGGUUUCCACCAGAUGUUUCUAUUAAAGAACAUCAACGACGCUUGGGUUUGCACCAAUGACAUGUUCAGGCUUGCCCUGCAUAACUUCGGCUGACCUCCUGGCCACACUCACGCUGUUUCCUCCUCCCUCCUCUUCCCAAUACUAUCUCACUCCUCCAGAUGCUCCAAAUAUCAUACACAAAUGAGCAGGGCCGAGGUGGGAGUGGGUGCAGUGCGCUUCUGUCACCACGGUGUUGUGCAUGAUGUUUGGAUGCUAGACUAGUUGCAUCUGACAGGAGACAUUUGUGUUGUACCAGCGCAUGCCUUGGAAAGACUUAAGUAAUGCAAAAGAUUGUCGGUUUUUGUUUUAUUUCAUUUUUUAAUCUACUGACAAGUUGCUCUAGUAACCCAAAGAAGUGAAGGAGAAAGCAGCUGCCUCACCACCCAGAUAAUUGAUUUGUUCAGAUGUUUCAAUGCCUCAUGAUACAAUAAAACCACAAAAGUUUUCUUAACA